GUCGAGUGAGGCAAAUGACAACCACGUGGUAAAGCCAAGGCGUCGGGACGCAUUUUAAAAGAAAAAUUCUAGGAAUCGUAACGCUUCUAGGCAUUUCGUUUGUAUUUUGAGGAUGAAUAGUGUCGGAGAGGGCUGCACGGAGCUGAAAAGGGAAUAUGAUCAAUGCUUCAAUCGAUGGUUCGCGGAAAAAUUCUUAAAAGGUGACCGAAGCGGCGACCCAUGUACGGAGAUGUUCAAGAAGUAUCAGCUGUGCGUUCAGAAAGCCAUUAAAGACAAAGACAUCCCCAUUGACGGGGUGGAAUUCAUGGGACCUAACAAAGAGAAGCCAGAAAGCUGAAGGGGGGUGGAAGGUCACGCCGGAGCGGCGCACCUCGGUCACGUGGGCAGCGCGUGGGAGGAGCGACUCUGUAGCCGUCGUUCUCCAGUCCUCGAGGACGCCAAAGAGACUAAAAGAUCUGAUACUUUCUCCCAAUUUUUUUUUUUUUUCUUUUUUCUAAAAAAGUGUCACCUGCAAAAUGGAGAUGGUUUGGCUGUUGUCUUUACCGCCGAGGUUUCAUCAUGAGCUGUACAGUAGAGCACAGGCCGGCGUACAUCUGUCCCCCGAUAUUCAAGCAAACCAAAUGCGAGCCCCCACCACAAAUAUUUGGUCAUGUUUUCUUGUCCCCCCCCCCCCAACAUGACAAGUUGUUAGGCCGCUGGAGAGGAGGACGUCAUCUACAAGACCUAAACCUUGGGGCGGACAGUGCGAGAUUCCUCGGGACAAGUGACCUCAAUCCUUGAAUGUAAUGAUCUCUACAGUGGUGGAAGAAGCGCGUUUAUGAACGUUAUGCCUGUUGUCUGUGUCCAUCUUUAAUGUCUUCCGCUUAUUUUAUCUUCGUACAGACUGGGUACGUGCGACUGGGUGGACUGUGUUAAAAGAAAGGUUCACUUGUUAACAUUUGGGUCCUGUAUGACAUAAAUGUUUUGAUGCCGAAUGGAUUUCUGUGAAGCCUUGGAAUGGCUUAUUAAACAUCGUUUUUAAAUACGAGAGAUGGAGAUUAAAUCUGAAGCAGUAAAACAGGCUAAAGGGUCAUAAAGACCCCCCCCAGAUAAUAGUUUUACUGUGUUAAAUUUGAUUUGUAUUUAUCUAUUAAUGGUGUUCUGUUGUUAAUUAAUGAUUAAUUUGACUUCUUUGUGUGCAGCACCUGAAUGUCAC